AUGGCUUCAAGGAUCGAAGAUCUGGCAAAGGUGGAUGCCUCCAAAGAAACCUGGACAAUUGUUGCCAAAGUCAGUCAUCUAUGGCUUAGUUCGAGCCUAUAUGGCUCAAAGCUACCCUUUUCAAUGGACAUGAUACUGAUGGAUGACAAGGGAUGCAAGAUUCAUGCUACUGUUAGGAAGACUUUGAUAUAUCGAUUUCAGUCUUCGCUAACUGAGGGAAAAGUAUACCAGAUUUCCUACUUUGGUGUGGGCGAGAGCGGACGUGAUUUUCGCCCGACCGAUCAUCCAUUCAAGAUCAACUUUGAUAUUCAGACUUCUGUACGACUACUACCUAACAAGGCUAUAAACAUAACGCCGUACUCUUUCGUUCCACUUGCUGACAUUAUGUAUAAGGACCUUGAUACAUCAUUCCUUAUAGUUUCACCAUAUGUAAUUGGAAUUCUGACGGGCGCAAGUGGAGAACAGGAGUUCGAAAAAGAUGGUACUAAACAGAAGAAGAUAACUAUAGAACUUGAUCAAGAUGGGGUUUGUGUUGAAUGUGCUUUUUUCGGGAAAUAUGUUUCUGAGGUCAUUGGUUAUCUUUCAUCAGUUGAUGCAACCAAUGCUGUCGUGGUUGUACAGUGUUGUAAGAUCAAGCCAUUCAAAGGUAAGACUAGCAUUCAAAACGUUUAUGGUGCUACUAGGGUUCUUUUUAAUCCUCAGAUUCAAGAAGCUGCCCCUCUCCGUGCUAGGUUUCUGGAGUCAAAUGAUCCUGCAGCACACAUCAUUAGCCUGCUUCAAGACAGUGCAAAAAAAUUAUCCCUAGAAGAAGAUUUUCUGAAAAAGAGUGAUGGGAAAACCAUCGAGCAACUCAAAGAUCUCGCUGAAAAAUCAUUUUGUGUUGUACUUGGUACUGUUAAGUAUAUUGCGGGGUAUGGUCUGCAUUACCCUGCGUGCAAGUGUAGCAAGAAAGUGUAUCCUGCCGAUGGCAUGUAUUUUUGUGAUACAUGUAACCGUCACGUUGUUUCUCCAACUCACAAGUUUAGAAUUCAACUAAGGGUUAUGGAUUCAAAAGACACCGCUACCUUUGCGUUAUUUGAUCAGGAGGCGUCUGCACUACUGAACAAGUCAUGUUCAGAUCUGCUUGAAACUUAUGGUUCUGAUCCUCUCACAAUUCCCACGGAAAUCUUGAAUUUGAUUGACAAAACAUAUUUGUUCAAGAUUGAAGUUGCAAACAGUUAUCACUCAAAGUUUGAAAAGUCUUAUCGUGUCAAAAAGAUUUGUGCUGAUCCAGAAGUUAUCAAUAAUUUUAGAGCUGCAAUGGCAUUUCAGCCUGAUGGUUCUGAUCCAUUUCUUACCAUGACAACACCAACUUCUGGAUCAAAGUCUGAGGCAUCUUCGUCGGGAUUGGCUAAGAUGAAUCUCAAAGUGAUAAGAUUGCUGAUCUACCUUCUAAUACUCUACUUUGUACCCCAAACAACGGUAAAUCAGUAUUGACAGAUGAUAUUGAGGGUGAUCCAAACGCAAUCAAACAGUCGUACAAAAUGCAAAUGGAGCCUGUUCAGGAGUUGAGGAAUCAGAAAAUAAAGGAUCUUCAAUCUCAAAUUGCUGUUGUUGUUGCUGGAAGUUGUGUUGGAGAUCCGUCUAUUGGUGGUACUCACGGAGAUCAUGCUGUCGUAGUUCCUGAUGAUGAUGGUGGUACCAAAGCAAGUCUGAUUGCAAAGAGGCCCAUUCCUCCAGAUGCUGAUUUGGAUGGAAAAAUUAAGCUCCUCAAAGCAGUGAAAAAAGAGAAGAUAUGAGGAUAUGAUUUAAAUUAAAUUAAUACACGAAUAGUAAAUAUUCCAUAAUUAAAUUCAUCAAUAUGUCUUGAUCUGCAUAUAGAUGAUGAAGAAUGAAAGAACCUAUGUUUGAUAGAGAUUGAAAAAAUUCUUCAAGGAAAUGGAAGGUCACUGAAGAAAUUUCCAUGUUUGCCAUAUCCUAAAUUUACUGAAGCACAUAAUUUUGAAA